UAAUGGAAUACUUAUAAUUUCUAAUACGCAUUGUAUAAAUACACUAAACAUGCGGCUAUCGGCGAGUUUACCAAAUAUUUAUCAGUGGGUACGCACGAUGGAUUUGAAGUUAUUAACAAUAAUAUGCAUGGUUUGGUGCGUAACAGCGCGUUCACCAAUCGCUACUUCUGAACAGAAGUUUGUUCAAUAUUUUAAAGACGAACCGAAAAAAAUAACAUAUGUCGGGUCUGACAAAUCUGAAAAUCAUGAGGAAUAUGUCAACACGUAUCCCUGGUAUGAGUUCUCUUACAAAAUAUCGGAUCCCCAUACGCACGACUAUAAAGGACAGGAAGAAACCAGAAAUGGAGACAAAGUAAAUGGAGAUUACUGGCUCGUAGAACCAGAUGGUCGAAAACGAAUAGUCAAGUAUCAUGCUAAUGAUAAAAUUGGAUUUAAUGUUCUUGUGGAUUAUUGUCAAAAAAAGCGCCCUUAUCCAUCUCAGCUAAAAGAUCAAGAGAGUAGAGAAAAUGCAGAGGAAGGGAGUGCAGAAAAAAACAAUAAAGCCAAUGACGAAAAAUCCAGUAAUCAAGAAAAUGAAUCUUUAAAUUCUGUAAAGGACAAACAUUCUAAUGAAAGCCGUAAUUCAAAGGAAAAUAAUUCAAAGGAAUUGCAAGAAACAAAAGAUCUGAACAACAAUAAAUCUGGUGAAGAAAAUAAAGGAAAUCAAUCGAGAAGCGAGAAAGAAGCUGUCCCAAAAUCACAGGUUGAAAUAAGCAGUAAGACAAAAGAAAGUAUAAUGAAAGAAAACAUGAAACGAAGACCAUAUUGGAAAAAUGAAAAUAAAAUUAGCAACAACGACCAAAACACGCAAAGUAAAAAUAACGAAGCAGGUUCUAACGAGGAAAGAAAAGAAUCGGGAAAACGAACACAUAUACCUAACAACAAAAAACAAGAAAAGAAGAACGAGAGCAAGAAUUCAAAUGAAGUUAGCAGAGAGAAUGAAACUGAAUCCAAAAAUUCACAAAAGCUUUCCGAAAGUGAAAAACCGAUAAGCAAAGGAUAUGAAGUAUAUGAAGAAAUUAAUGAAAAUAGUGAGGAAAGUAACAAUGUUUCACAAAAUAAUCAAAUAAAAGAAGAAGUAUCCGAGUAUAAGAAUUCUCAACAAAAUAUGACAAAUGGUAGCACAGAAAAGAGCGAGAAUGAGACAAAUAAAAAAAAUCAAAGUGGUGAAAAUGAAGAUAACAAAGAAGAAAUAUAUGGAUACAACACGUUUAUAUAUCACAAACGUCGCCAUGGUCGCCACUAGACUUGUAAAUUGGCGUUUUAAAAAUAAAGAUAUUGUGAUA